AUGGCUGCUCAGGUUCCAAAGUUCUCAAUAACUCUUGCUCGUUAUGGUUGCGCAAAUCGUCCCUUUUUUCACAUUGUAGUAUCCAAGCGGAAACACCGACGUUGGUCUGACGACGUAAUCGAACAGGUGGGAACCUUCGACCCAUUGCCGAAUAAGCACAACGAAAAGUUGGUAGCUAUAAACUUUGAGCGAAUCCGUUAUUGGAUGGCCCAAAACGUAUCGAUUUCGGUUAGUGUUUUGGAAUUGCUUGGUCUUUCCGGAAUGUUGCCCAUCCACCCGUUCACCUAUAUAAGGGCGAAACAUUUGAAACAAAACCAAUUGAUU